AGCUAUGCAGUUUAUAUUCUGGAGUCCUAACAUCUGGAAUUGAAAGUGAAAAGUUAAAGAAUUUUUCGUCAACAACAGUGAAUUAUUUUUUUUUAAAGUGUUGUGAAAAAUGGCUGAAAAAGUUUACAUUAUUUUUGUAGCAGUUUUCGCUCUUUUUACUUUCUACUGUGUUAAUGCUAUAACAGUUGAAGAAGCCAAGGAAUUAGCGAAGAUUUUCAGUGAACCUUGUCGUGUAAAAUAUCGUAUUUCCAAUGAAUUGAUUGAAGAGGUCAAUAAGGGAAAUUUUCCUGAUGAUAGAAGUCUCAAGUGCUAUGCCAAUUGUAUGCUGGAGAUGACACAGACAGUGUCAAGAGGAAGGAUUAAUUAUAGGAUGUCACUUACACAAAUUGACCUCCUGCUGCCGGAAGAAAUGAAGGAAUCAGCUAAGAAGACUUUGGACGCUUGUCGUGGAUCAAUGAAAGGAAUCAAGGAUUAUUGUGAAGCGAGUUACAACUACGUUCAAUGCAUGUAUAAAGUCAAUAGAAAAUAUUUCUAUUUCCCUUAAAACGACACUAUCCCACAAAAUGUACGAAAUACUCGUGAGAUUGCAAAGGAUAGUUUUUUGACUGGAAAUCGACGUUCUGCAGAUGAGAGACAAACUGAAGAAAUAAUAAAAAGAAAUCUCUCUGUCUUUUGCAUUCAGAUGAAAAUGCAAAAGAUUUAUUUAACCAUAAUUCUUGUGCAUAACAAUUAUCCAUCAUUUUAAAUAAUAAACUGAAACUUGAAAUAGAA